CGUUGCCAGCACUCUAUAUCAAAGCCAUCUUCUCUUCUGGUUCAAUUUGUGAAGCGUUUCUCUUGUUCCUAACAAAUCCUUUCCCUACUCAAUCGUUCUUUUCGUCACGCCUCAAUGUCUCUGAACCAAGUCUGGGAGGCAGCUUCUGCGAGCCCUUACUCUCCCCUUAUCGCGAAAGAUAGCCAGUUCUUCGUCGGCUUUAGUCUCCUGCUCGCUGCCUUUAUACUUACUGGUCUCUUUGGAUUGAACCGUUCAUUCACCAGCAUUGCACUAUUCGGCGUCCCAGCAUCGCUGGCCUUUGGCUUCGGAGCCGUCUAUAUGAUCUGUGCCGUUGGAGUUUACGUUUAAAGUUCCAGUUACCUCCUCUGAUACCCAUGUACCAUAUACUGGAAAGUUGAGAACACAAGAAAAACGAAGCAUAUAACUACACCACCUUUGUCUCCCUCUCAUUGCACUCCUCAUAUAACCUAAUCCACAACCACAUCGUACCGCUGCCACCGCGCUCAGUCCGAGCAGACAACCAUGGUGGACGUGGAACCCAUCUUCACCGCGGUCUCCAGCAACGCCCACCACCUCUACACUCUCCUUCAAUGCAUCGGAUUCGCACCCAAGGCCUCGGUGCAGCUCACGCCCGAUGGCAUCCGCUUCUCCGUGGAAGAAACCCGAACGGUGCAGGGGCUUGCAUUCCUCGACAAAGCCCUCUUCACCAGCUACACCUUCAAUCCACCACCACCACCACCACCAC